AUGCUUGCUGGACCUCCAGACUUUGACUAUCCCAACGUGAAGAUCCCAGACAACUUUGACGCUCGCACCAACUGGCCUCAGUGCCCUUCCAUCGCACACAUUCGCGACCAGUCGACGUGCGGAUCCUGCUGGGCGUUUGGAGCCGUGGAAGCGAUGAGUGACAGGUUGUGCAUCGCCAGCAACGGGACGGUCAAGGACGAACUGUCUGCAGAGGAUAUGCUCUCGUGCUGCCUUGUACAAUGCGGAAUGGGAUGCAACGGCGGUUUCCCAACGGGUGCCUGGAGGUUCUUCAAGAUGCAUGGGUUGACGACGGAAUCAAAGUACCCCUACGUGUUCCCCCCUUGCGAACAUCACAUCAACAAGACCCAUUACAAACCUUGUGGUCCAAGCCAGCCAACCCCCAAAUGCGUGCGAGCAAGCGAGAAGAAGCCAAGAUACCAUGGCAAAUCGGUUUAUUCCGUAAGCCCAGCAAAGAUUCAGGCCGAGAUCAUGACGAAUGGACCUGUGGAAGCUGCCUUCACUGUCUACCAAGACUUUCUUGCCUAUCAGAGUGGUGUUUAUCGACAUGUCAGUGGACCGGAGCUCGGUGGACACGCGAUCAAGAUCAUGGGAUGGGGAGUCGAGGCAGGCAACAAGUACUGGCUGGUCGCCAAUUCCUGGAAUGAGGACUGGGGUGACAAAGGUACAUUCAAGAUCGCAAGAGGAGAUGAUGAAUGCGGCAUCGAGUCAUCGGUGGUCGCUGGAAUGGUUGACAUGUCACCACGAUAA